AUGGCGCUGUACAAGAAAGCCGCCGAGAUCCUGGAGAAGGUUGAUAGGCAACAAGGUGCGAUGAAAACGUUGGUGUAUGAAAGUAAAUUUUCCAACAUUAAGCAGCUCUUCGCGCUGGUCUGCGAGACCCAGAAGUUCUCGCCCAUCCUGGAGCAGAUCAUCGUUUCGACCAAACUGCUGAAGCUUACAAAAUUGAAAAUGAACUUGGCCAAGGUGCUUGUCUUUGACCUCCUAAUGGGCCAUGGGCUGAAGUGUGGCGGCUCAUGGAAGGCGCUCCUGAUGAGACAUCGCUACAGGCUGCAGUCUGAGCUGGAACUAAUGAAAGUCAAGCGAAAAGUCAGCAGGAACGAGGACCUGCUUCCCAAAGACGUCCAGCAGCAUGUGGGGGACCAGCUGCCCAGGUACGUGCGUGUCAACACCCUGAAGACCACUAUGGAGGAUACGGUGGACUACCUCAAGAGGGAUGGCUUCACAUACAUGGGUGAGGCCUUUAAGUUGGAUGACUUGACCUUGAAGGCCAAAGAGUUUGUGAAAGACCUCCAUCUCCCAGAGGUGCUAGUCUUUGCCCCCAAAACGGACUUCCACGACCACUUUCUCUACAAGGCCGGGCAUAUUAUUCUCCAGGAUAAAGCUAGCUGCCUCCCUGCCUUCCUUUUGGACGCCCCGCCCGGCAGCCACGUCAUUGACGCCUGCGCCGCACCCGGAAAUAAGACCAGUCACCUGGCCGCCACCAUGAAGAACAGAGGCAAGGUGUUUGCUUUUGAUUUGGAUGCCAAGCGUCUUGCCACCAUGAGUACUCUCUUGCUGCGAGCGGGCCUCACAUGUCAUCAGCUGGCCAACCAGGACUUCUUAAAGGUGGACCCUGAGAGCAAGUUGUAUGAGAAUGUGGAGUACAUCCUGCUCGAUCCUUCGUGCAGUGGAUCAGGCAUGGUGUGUCUCCAGGACCGCGUCAACUCUGCAGACUCAGAAAAGGAAGCAUCUCAUCUGGCUUCGCUGGCCUCUUUCCAGCUGCGUUGCCUGAACCAUGCGCUUCGAUUCCCCCGGCUGAAGCGCCUGACCUACUCCACCUGCUCCGUCCACAGCCAGGAGAAUGAAGAGGUCGUAACGGCCUGUCUCCAGCAAAACCCUGGCUUCAGGCUUGUUCCUCUACUGGCUGAGUGGCCCGAGCGAGGCCGGCCACCCCUCACUCAGUGUUUGCGGGCAAGCGUCAGUGGGACACUGACUCACGGGUUCUUUGUAGCCCUACUAGAGAGGUGCAGUGAAGCUGACAACCUGAUGCCACAGCUGACCGUCCAGAUAAGGCAUCCGGAGCUAUCAGUGACCAGCCCACCAGUCUCUGAGAAGACCCCUGAAGCACCUCUCACCGACGCUUCUGAGUGUGAGGAAAAGGUGACUGUUGCUGGUGACAGCGCACAAGGUGAGAAGACCAAAAAGAGGAAGAGGAGGAGGAAGAAGACGAAAAUUGAAGGUGUGGAAACAGAACUGAAAGACUGA